UCGGGCCGCGGCCCGGCCGCAGAGCCAACACAGCCAAGAACUUCAGCUGGUUUGGACUUGUAUGUCAGCAGAAUGGUUUAUCAUGUUCCAUUACUGGGGAUUCCUUGUUGCUGGUGAUGGGUGAACCUGAAAAAACACAGCUUCCCUUGCACAUCCCAGGCUCCUCUUUAGCCCCUUGUCCUGAAGACAAGAGGUUCUGGCUGACCAGGAGUCUCUGUUAGCAGUUCAAGUUGGCUGGAGAAUGGAAGGUGUUGAGUUUAAGGAAGAAUGGCAAGAUGAAGAUUUUCCAAGGCCCCUGCCAGAGGAUGAUCCUGUUGAAUCUGAAACAUUGGCUGCAGCUGGAACAGAAAGCCAGGCUGAUGCAGAGGUUAAUGGAACCAAAGUGAGGAAGAAACUAGUGGCUCCAGAUAUCAGCUUAAAUUUGGAUCCCAGCGAGCAACCUGCUUUGUCUGAUGACUUGGAUGAGAGUGGAGAGAUUGAUUUGGAUGAUUUAGAUACUCCUUCAGAAAACAGUAAUGAAUUUGAAUGGGAAGAUGAUCUUCCCAAACCAAAAACUACUGAUGUGAUUAGGAAGGGCUCCCUCACUGAGUACACUGAGGCAGAGGAGAAGGACGAUGGGCGGCGCUGGCGGAUGUUCCGGAUCGGAGAGCAGGACCACAGGGUGGACAUGAAGGCAAUUGAACCCUAUAAAAAAGUUAUCAGUCAUGGGGGUUAUUAUGGUGAUGGGUUAAAUGCCAUUGUUGUGUUUGCUGUUUGCUUUAUGCCUGAAAGCAGCCAGCCUAACUACAGAUACCUGAUGGACAAUCUAUUUAAGUAUGUAAUUGGCACUUUAGAGCUGUUGGUAGCUGAGAACUAUAUGAUAGUUUACCUGAACGGUGCAACCACACGGAGGAAAAUGCCCAGUCUAGGCUGGCUCAGGAAGUGUUACCAGCAGAUUGACAGAAGGUUAAGAAAAAAUCUGAAAUCACUGAUUAUAGUUCAUCCUUCUUGGUUCAUCAGAACACUCCUGGCCAUCACAAAACCUUUUAUUAGCUCAAAAUUCAGCCAAAAAAUUAGGUAUGUCUUUACCCUGGCAGAACUAGCUGAGCUCAUCCCCAUGGAGUACGUUGGCAUCCCAGAGUGCAUAAAACAGUAUGAAGAAGAAAAGUUUAGAAAGAAACAGAAAAGAGUUGACCAAGAGCUGAAUGGAAAACAAGAGCAGAAAAGUGAACAGUAAGUUUGGAGUGCAAACAAGACUGAAGAAUAUGCAGAUGGGAUGAUGCUGUUUCCAUUUCCAAUGUGUUCUCUGUGUGUAUGUAUCAUUAUAACCUGUUGCAAAAGGUGCUUUGGACUAGCACAAGAACUGCUUCCUGCUGUAUUGGUUUGUCUUGACUUUAAUAGCUGUUUAUGUACUCGUUUUAUACUGCUAAAUGUCAAAGAACCCUAUGUUUUUCAGAGGAUGUUCUUGCCAUUGUUUAUCUAAAUGAUGCAUGUUCUUCAGUAAAAUAUUUAUAUACCUAAAUGUUAAAGGAAAGAGAUAAUAUAUAUUUUUAUGACUGAGCAAUAUAUUGUGUGUGCCUGCUGAAGGAGUUCAUUUGCAGGUAGACAAGGCCAUAAGUUACUUGUUUUUAUUGUAUCAAUCUGUUUUGCUGUAAAUGGUCAAGUGCAUUUCUUCAUUGUUGCAGGAAGUUGUUUGGUUAUUAACAAUCACAUGAAGUCUUUCACGAGUGCAGAGACCCUUCUUUUUGCUCACACACCCAAUGCAGGCUCACUCCUUGCCUUGAGGGUCCUUCAGUCCCCUGUCCAGGGUGCAGAACUGCAGUUCUGGGAACAUCAGGCUCUUGGCCAAAGGGUUCAAGCCUGAGCCACAACAGAAGCUGAACUGUUUGAAUGACUAGUAAAGUAUCAGACCUUUCUCAGGUGAAGUUGUGAAUUUAGGAUCUGCUUCAGGACAUCCAGACUGUCUCAGCUCCUGCUAUGAAGCGAGUUCAUUGCAGUUCUUUCUGGAUGAACCUUGGUUGUCUGUAGUAGGAACUCUGGUAGAACUUGGGAGUUACACAGUUAUUCCAGCCAUAAUACCAUUUUUUUUUGGCAGAAGUAUGGGGAGUCUUAUGCUACCUGUGUCAUCCCUGGAGAUGAAACAUCUGUUUCUAAUGCUCUUAAGUUUGGCACGUGAUACAGCAGUGCUUUACUUUUACAAAAGUAAUUUAAAGGUUGGGGUUUUUUCUGCUCUCCACAAGGGUGGUAAACCUGUGUCUGUAAGAGGUGUUCUUGGACACAUCACUACUGUUUAUACGUUUAUCGAGGCAAUCAUAAUGCAGCGGGGAAUAUGUUGAAGAAGUUUGUAACAUCUUCUGAUAAACAUUGCAAUUUCCCUGUAAGGACAGGUGCAUGCAAAUAAAUUCAUUCAGGAGUUGAGCAAUAUAAUGUUCUAGCAAAUAUAUUAAAUCUUUGCUUUUGAUGUU